UGCUCUUCCAAUAGGGAAGUUUUGGGCAAGAAAUGCGUAAAGGGAAAUUAAUUGAUUAUUGUAAUACUUGGUGGCCACAGUACGAAUUGGAAGAUCAGGAAAAAUGGCCUGAAAAUGGAACGUUACAAUAUAAUACCAUUUUACAGUUGAUGUUGUUUUGUAAACGGGAAGGAAAACUGGAUGAACUCCCAUAUGUAGAGUUAUUUUUCUAUUUGCGUAGAAAAUCCGAGUGGCAGCGUGCUUGUGGAAUAAUGGUACUAGAAAUAUUUGCUAAUGAACAAUGUCAAGCCUGUACCAGGGACAGGCAUUGUAUGAAACACCAAGCUAUGGAAAAUAAUUGCUGUAGGACAGACAGUGGAAAUAUAGAUCUGGAUAUUGCACCGUCCGCCCCAGAACUAAGUCAGGAUAAGGCAAGGGGGGAUGAAGAUAGUGAUAGUGAUGGAAAGGAAGAAAUACCAACUUUAACAUCCCCAAUAUCAUAUAGGACUCGGCAGCAGCAAAGGACAGGAUGCGAUACAAGUAAACGAAAAGGGAAUAUAAUUGCUCCCCUCAGGCAGGGAGUAGGAACGGAGGGACCAAUAUAUGUGAAAGUGCCCUUUACUCCUGGAGACUUAAUAAUUUGGAAACAGGCAGCAGGCACCUACAGAGAAAAUCCUGAUAAAGUAGCUAGAGUGGUGAAAAUGAUAAUUAAAACCCAGAAUCCGGAUUGGGAUGACAUUCAAGUAAUACUAGACACCUUAAUGGAUUCAACAGAGAAGGAUAUGGUAUUACGAGCUGCUAGGGACAGAGCUCGUGAGGAUAUUCGGAAUGGAUUGGUACCCGGGAAUGUUGAUCAGAACUUCCCCACUGAGGAUCCGCAGUGGGAUUAUAAUACUGGGGAGGGAAUGAGAAGGCUGAAGAGGUAUCAGGAUUGGGUACAAAUUGGUGUACAAAAUGCUAUGCCUCGGACCAUAAACUGGUCGAAAUUAUAUAAUGUGAGGCAAGAAAAGGCGGAAUCACCUUCCGCAUUUCUGGAGAGAUUGAAGGAAACUGCUAAAAAAUACACUGAUUUGGACAUAGAAACCGACCAGGCUAAAGCUCAGUUAGCCCUUAUUUUCUUAGGGCAGUCACAGGAAGAUAUUCGGAAAAAGCUACAGAAACUGGAAGGUGUGGACUUGAGGAACAUGGAUAAGUUAUUAGAGGUAGCUUGGAAGGUAUAUAAUAAUAGGGAGAAGGAAACAAGCAAGAGACAGCAACAGGGUUUGCUGGCUGUAAUUCAGGGGCGAGGAGGUUUGGGACUAAGGGGUAAGGGAAGAGGAAAUCCUAAUAGCCGAGGAGUGGGGAUAGGGAAAGGAUAUGCAGGUCCCAGUAGGAACAGGGUAGACAGACUAGGUUUGAAUCAGUGUGCAUUCUGCAGGAGGGAAGGUCACUGGAAAAAUGAGUGCCCCUUUAGGGAGCAACAGUUUUCCAGCACCAAGAACCUCUUUCAGAAUCAAGAAAUAGCAAAAGCCAUGGUGCUGGGAGAAUACAGUAGCUGACUAGAUAAUAGGUUAAAA